CAUACAUACAUACACACACACACACACACGCCACGGGCACGACAACAUUAAAAAAUGAUGUCAACAAAAACAACACAAGAAAAUUGUACUGAAUCAAAUUAUCUAAGCCAUGUAUUGACAUUAACCGAUCGAAUAUCUGAACCGGCACGUGAUUGGAUACAAUUUUUAUUCGAUAAAUAUGAAUCAAAUUUUGAUCGAACAUCAGCUAUUUGUUCGGAAAUAUUAUCACUAAUGAUAUUGACAAUGGGCUGUUUCUGGCUAAUUGGCUCAUUCUAUACAUUAUUGGAUUAUUUUCAAUGGCCAAAAUUUCUAUAUCGUUAUAAAAUACAAGAUGAUAAACAAAUCACAUUGGAUGAUAUUAUUGAAACGGCAAAAGUAGCAUUCUAUAAUCAAAUUACCGUACAAUUAUUGACAACAGCAUUGGGAUCUUUGAUAAUGAAUAAUUUACCAUUCGACAGAAAUUAUCGUGUGCCUCCAGUAUCGACAAUUAUUUAUCAUUUAGUUGUUUUUGUAUUUCUACAGGAGAUCACAUUUUACUACUUACAUCGUUUACUUCAUUAUAAAUUCUUUUAUCGUUUUAUUCAUAAAAUUCACCAUAAAUGGCAAGCACCGAUUGCUAUAUCAGCAUUAUAUUGUCAUCCAUUUGAACAUUUUUUAGCCAAUCUUGUGCCUGUACUAAUUGGACCAUUUUUAAUGCUUAGCCAUCGUAGUACGAUUUCAAUAUGGCUAUUGAUUGUUCAUAUUGUUACAUUGAAUGAUCAUUCUGGUUAUCAUUUUCCAUUGAUGCCAUCACCAGAAUUUCAUGAUUAUCACCAUUUAAUGUUCAAUCAAAAUUUUGGUCGUAUGGGAUUUUUAGAUUAUUUUCAUGGUACAAGUGAACGUUAUUUUAAAUCAAAAUAUUCAAAACGACAUCAAGUACUACUUAGUUUGACACCAAUGAAAAUAUUGAUACCAGAUAAUGAUUAAUCUAACAAAAUCAAUCAAGAUUUUAUUAUUAUUAUUGUUUUAUUUAUAAUAUAUAUUACAUUUAUCAAAUUGUCAAUUGUGUUUCAGUUAAAAAACAAUCUAAUCCAACAAAACGUGAAAUGUUUCACUUUAUUGAUGUGUAAACAUACAUACACACAUAAACAGACACACAACAUUAUUCUUCCAAAGAUUUUAAUAUAUAUAUUUGUUAUAUUAUUAUAAACGAUCAACAAAGUA